AUGGACGAGGGCCAAGGAAACAAGGAAGAGUAUAUCUACACAUAUAUGGAUGAAGACGAGUAUAUCGACACAGACACGGAUGAGGAAGAGUGUAACCCCACAGAUACGUACGAGCAAGAGUAUAUCGACAUAGACAAGGAUGAGAAAGAGAAUAUCGAAAUAGACAAGGAUGAGAAAGAGAAUAUCGACAUAGACAAGGAUGAGAAAGAGAAUAUCGACAUAGACGAGAAUGAGCAAGGGUAUAUCGACACAAGCACAGACGAGGAAGAGUAUCGGGCGAGCGAGCAAGAGUACAUUGACACAGACUUUGACGAUGAAGAGUAUUUCGAUCCAAGAGCGGACGAUGAAGAGUCUAUAUAUAUAGACUUCGAGGAGGAAGAGUAUUUUUCCACAGAUACGGAGGACACUCAGGAAGUUGCCUCUAUGCCGGAUUUGGACGAUGAUUUGUAUCUUGCAUUGAGCGAGAUGAUAUCCAAUCUGUGUUCCACCUGUCGCCAGUUUCCUCGGGGCAGGAUUUCCGAGACCGACAAGCGUUUAUACCAUCCAUCUUUGUCUUCUUUGAAGGAAUCCGUCGAUGCCGGCUGUAUCAUCUGCGAGGACCUAGCGCGAGAAGUCAGUCGUUGGUCCGAACCUGGACCAACCCCAAAUGACUUGUGGUCUAUCAGAUGCGAGUUACUCAGCCGUGAUAAAAAACUGCUUAUGAGAUUUUACCUCUCAAACUGCGAGGAGUGCGAUCCUUCCGAUGCUGGCUAUACCGCGCUGAGGACGACCACCGCAAAGUCGGCAGCCAGCAUCAGCAUGUGCCAAUACUGGUAUCAACAGUGUUUAGAACAUACGACUUGUCGAACCUGGAAAUUGGAAUCGAGAGCUCUUCCAACCCGGCUGGUCCAAAUCAAUAAAUCAAAAAAUGGGAAGCCGGGGAUAUCGGCCAAUAUCUGUGAGACCCAAGAUUUGCCGUCCAGCACCCCGUAUGCGACGCUGAGUCACUGCUGGGGAGACGGAGUGAUGUUCAGGUUGCUAAAAGACAAUAUCGAAGAGCUCAAACAAGAUAUACCGAUCAGCCAACUACCAAAAGUGUUUCAAGACGCGUUAUACGCAGCGACAGAAAUCGGCGUCUGUUACAUAUGGAUUGAUUCUCUCUGUAUCAUCCAAGACUCGGAAGAGGAUUGGACGCACGAGGCCAAGAGGAUGGGCGAUGUUUACCUGUACGGAGAAUUCAACAUUGCAGCAACAGGCUACGAAAACGGUAGUUUUGGGCUAUUUAAUGAGAGGAAGGCACUGUCGCAUGUGCAUCCUCCAUUGCGCUUCGAAUGUGUUUUGAGAAGUGAAUACAAAUCAAAACGCUCUUUUGAUGGCAUUUAUGUCAGAGUUUCCGAGAUCGAAUUCGGACAGGAAAUCCUCUCAAGCUUUUUGAUGCAGAGAGCUUGGGUAGCCCAGGAGAGAGUUCUCUCGGCAGCAACUCUCCAUUAUACCCCGGGAAAAGUUUGGUGGGAAUGCAGUCAUCUCGUUGCCAACGAAGCAUUUUCACCAAGCAUUCCUAUUUGGGACGAUGUACAAUUGAGCCCGGCAGGCGGAAUACGCUCGCUAAACACUAAAAGCGAGCGAGAAGAUAUUUAUUCGUUCUGGAAUAAAUUCAUCGGCUACUACGCCGGUGCCGAUAUGACUUACGAUCAAGACCGUUUCCCAGCAGCCGCCGGUAUAGCACGUGUUCUAAGUGAACUCAUUGACGAUAAUCUCAUCGCUGGGAUCUGGGAGGGGGAUCUAGUCCGGUCGCUGGUCAUGAAUCGCUACUGUUCGCGCGCAAGUAUCCCAUCUGUGCAGCUCGCGCCGUCAUGGUCCUGGGCGUCUUCAAUCGCAGACCACCGCAUCGGGAGUGAUUCUGCAUCUGUUCAAAAGUCUGGCGUGCGCGGGCUCGCGAUCAAAGGACCACUGAGAAGGAUCAUGGUCGACUUGGAGGAGCGGUCGGAUUGGCUUGACUGCCCAAUUACAAUUUUUGAAAACAAGAGACCGGCUUCUUUUCUAGGCGUGCUCACAAAAGAGCAGAUGUGGCGUUGGGAUAAACCAACUCACAUGCUCCUUCUCGCGAAACAGUAUAAUAGCUUCGACUCGACCUUUUGGAUCUUUGGGCUGCUCGUACAACCAGUCACAGAGGCUGAUGACCCAAACACAUUUCGGCGGUCUGGCACGAUUCAGUUCAGCUUUUCCCCGGAAGAAUGUGAUAAAAACCUAGGCCUUUGUGAGGAGGGUGGUGUGUAUCAACCGAGUUUGGUUUUCGAGGAAUGCGGUCUUCAAGACCUGAUUCUUAUCUGA